GCUCGUGCGCUCACGGGUUGCGCUUCAGCGGUCUAAACACGCGUAUAGGCCUAUGUUAUAUUUCACAAGGGGAGGAGGAGUGCGCUUUGGGUCCAAUCCAGCUGCCGCUGCUUAUCAAUUUAACUGUCUGGGGAAAACCGUUACCUUUGUAAUAACGACUACGUGGGGUUUUUUGUGGUUGGUUUAACUCUACAAGUAUUUUCCGUUUGCAUAAUUAAUGGAUUCGGUAUGGAGAUAGCCUUGGUGAGCUUUGAGAACGGCGGAGCGAAAGGGAGCGGUGGCGGCAAUGCCGGAGACGAAGCGUUCCACAACGCGCUGGAUCACCCUCAACCCGCGCCACAAUUUGUCCAAAGCGGACUCAGCGAGGGCUACUGCAGUCACAAAGAGCUGAACACCAUCGCGAGUCCCAAACCAGGGUCGUGGAAGAUCAACGAUAUGAAUAACACUUUUAGUUGCAGUGCGAUGGAUGUGCUCUUUCGCGCGGACCACAGUCCCCAUCUGUACGACGAUGACAUGUUGAAUGUGGACAACGUAGACAAUGACAGCCAUGAAAGGGUGCUGAUCAACAUUGCAGGGUUAAAAUAUGAGACCCAGCUGGGGACCCUUAACCAGUUUCCCGAUACUUUACUAGGGGACCCUGAUAAGAGGAUGAAAUACUUUGACCCGCUCCGGAACGAGUACUUUUUCGACCGCAACCGACCCAGUUUCGACGGGAUCCUUUAUUUUUAUCAGUCAGGAGGUAAGAUUAGACGACCUGUCAAUGUGUCCAUCGACGUGUUCGCUGAUGAGAUUCGGUUUUACCAGCUGGGUGAGGAGGCCAUGGAGAGGUUUAGAGAGGACGAGGGCUUUAUUAAAGAAGAGGAGAAACCGUUGCCACAGAAUGAGUUCCAGAAACAAGUCUGGCUCAUAUUUGAAUACCCGGAGAGCUCGAGCCCGGCGCGAGGCAUCGCCAUCGUCUCGGUGCUGGUGAUCACCAUAUCCAUCAUUACGUUCUGUAUGGAAACACUACCAGAGUUCCGGGACGAGAGGGAGCUGCCGGUCAACAUCCGGGCGGACAACAGCACCGUUCCCCGGCCGUCACUUACAUUCACAGACCCUUUCUUCAUCAUAGAAACCACCUGUGUGAUAUGGUUUACUUUCGAGCUCAUAGUGCGCUUUUUCGCUUGCCCCAGUAAGUCCGAGUUUUCCAAAACGGUCAUGAACAUUAUCGAUAUCAUGUCUAUCCUGCCUUAUUUCAUCACGGUGGGGACGGAGCUGGCAGAGCAGCAAGGUCAGGAGCCGCAGGAGCAUGGCAACGGGCAGACCAUGUCUCUGGCCAUCCUUAGGGUCAUCCGCCUGGUCCGGGUGUUUCGGAUUUUUAAGCUGUCCAGACAUUCUAAAGGACUCCAAAUUCUGGGGCAGACGCUUAAGGCUAGUAUGAGAGAGUUGGGGCUGUUGAUAUUCUUCCUCUUCAUCGGAGUCAUCCUCUUCUCCAGCGCAGUUUUCUUCGCCGAGGCGGACGAGCCGGAGUCACAUUUCUCCAGCAUCCCGGACGCCUUCUGGUGGGCCGUGGUCACAAUGACAACGGUUGGCUAUGGGGACAUGAGGCCGGUGACAGUUGGAGGGAAAAUAGUGGGCUCGCUCUGUGCCAUAGCGGGCGUGUUGACCAUCGCGCUGCCGGUGCCCGUCAUUGUCUCCAACUUUAAUUAUUUCUAUCACAGAGAGACUGACCAGGACCAGUCGUCUCUGAAAGAUGACCCACCCAACGCCGGUCAGGACAGUCCGCAGAUGAAGAGGAAGGGCAGUAAGAGCUCCGUCAAGUCGGGGGACUUGGAGGACGGAUCCGGCGUGGAGAAGCAGAGUAUCAAAGCCAAUAACAGCAGCAUGAACAUUAAACGAUCCCUUUACGCGUUCUGCCUGGACAAGACAGACACAGAUCUGUAGCCUAGACCCCACAGACAGACAGAGUAUGGAUCAUCUACUUUAUUGUAGGCUAGUGACCGGUUUAAUAGAGGCAAUGGUGUGUUUUGCUAUGAUUUUAUGCUUUUCCAGCCUCCAUCUUGUCAGUGGUAGUGAGUUGAUGUGUAAAAUACCCUGACUGCUUAAUGGCUUUUGAAACCUAAGUCCCAAAUGGCACACUAUUCGUUACAUAGUGCUUUACUUUUCUGCCUUAUGGGCCCAGAUCAAAAGUAGUGCACUACAUAGGGAAUAACUAGGGUGCUUUUUGGAACGUAAACUAAGUCUCUGCUGUCGCGGUUCAAGGAUAAACACGUUACAAUCCUGAAAAGUUUUAGAGCACCGGGGUUUGAUUUAUAAAAAGUCCAUUAUAAUCCCCUUGAUCUGGUAAGCACAGCCCACAACACCAGAACAACCCUGCGCGUUCGUACAAAAAAUACAUAUGCACGCCCGCACAUCACACACACACACACACACACGUCACGCAGCACACAUAGCCCAUUGGCCUACAGACUAUAAAACGAGACCACCGAGGACUGCAUUGCUCAAACAUCCUGAAUAGCCAUGAUACAUCAACAGUAAAUGUAUUCAACCAUAGAUUGAUAUCUGUAACACAUCGAGGUGUUAGGUUAUCAGAAGCCUUCUGACUCCGUGACUUUGUCAUUAUCCCCACAGAUCCAGUUUUACACAAUCAUCAUUAAGUUAACAACUAAAGUAGGACACGGGUCGGGGGGGUGUGCACUAAUCAAGACUGCUAGCAGGACUAGAAAUAAUUACUGUCGCUGAGCUUCACGACGAGAGAAAGAGAGAGAGGGGAUUAGGCCAUGGAGAAAAAACGGUGUCCCAAAUGACACUCAAAGCGCACAUAGGACCCUAACCCAGAGGGCUCGCGGUCAAAGAAUGGCGGCUAUAUCCGAAAAGGGCGCCAUUCGGUACGCGGCUACAGACUGCUGUCGUUAGGCCUUAUAACCAAGCCAUCACGAGCAAAGAACAUGUCGGCUGUUUGGACGUAAAGUAGUAGGCAUGUCGUCAGUGAACUGCACUGCUCUUA